AACACAUUUCCUAUAUAUAUUAAACCCGUAUAUCCACUUUCAGAAAAUAUAAAGAGACAUUUCGUAUGGUUUAGGAGUACAAAAAAUAUCUAACAUCAUUUUGAAAAUUUUCGUGACGUAAUUUGACCUCUAACACAAGAUGACCCGCAGGUCAUCGCGCAUGACAAACUAGUGCAAGAAAUUUUGCAAUCAUGCCGAAGUCGAAACGUGAUAAGAAAAUUUCGUUGACAUCUACGCGGAAGAAAGGUCUGGAAUUGAAGAGGAAUUUGGUCGAUCAGAUCCGAGAAUGCGUGGACCAGUACGCGAGAAUCUUCACGUUUUCCGUGGAGAACAUGAGAAACAGCAAGCUGAAGGAAGUCCGCAACGUUUGGAAACACAGCAGGUUCUUUUUCGGUAAGAACAAGGUGAUGUCCGUGGCACUAGGACGGGGGGCAGAAGACGAGUAUCGGGAAAACCUGCACCGAGUCAGUCAGAGACUACGGGGACAGACAGGGAUGUUCUUUACCAACAAAACUAAAGAAGAAGUUGUAGAGUGGUUUUCGCAGUACCAGUUGAAGGAUUUUGCGCGGUCGGGGAACACGGCUGUCCAGACCGUUGUGCUGUUCGAGGGACCCUUACCUCAGUUCUCGCAUUCCAUGGAGCCACAGCUGAGGCACCUGGGAUUGCCGACCAAGCUGGAACGAGGUGAGAUAACGCUGAUCUCAGACCACACAGUUUGUACUGCAGGUGACGUCCUCACACCCGAACAGGCCAGAAUAUUGAAACUCCUGGACACCCCCAUGGUCAACUUUCACAUUACUCUGGACAGUGUCUGGUCAAACGACGGAACGUUUGAACUACUAGAAAGAGGAGACAAACCUGCAGAGGAUGAAGGAAUAGAAGAAGAAGAGGAGGAUGAGAAUGAUUAAAGACUAAUGAUUGAAAAUUACCCUUAUGAAAAAGAGUUG